GUAAACGAAUAUAAGCUUAAAUAUUUAACAUUUUAUUUUUUUUAACUGGUCAGUGGAUUUUGUGUGCGUGUGCGUAAAUGAAAAGUCCUCGGCUUGAGAGUUGUGAAAAUACGAAGUGGUCCGCAGUAACAAAUGACAUUGGGUCCGCCUCCUUGUUUCUGGACGGACACAAAAACGAGAAGCCCGAUCGCGGAAGUAGAAGAACAAAAUGGAUCCAGUCCACAAAGAAGUUCUGCGGAAGCUUCGCGUGUAUUUGUGCGAGGAGCUGCUGGUGUCGGACGCCGUGCUGGCCUUCUUGUACCAGGAGGACACGCUGACGGCCGCGCAGCUGGACGACAUUUUGGCGGAGAGCACCGAGCGGAAGCGGUGCCGUAAGCUGCUCGACUUGCUGCCGAACCGCGGCCCGGAAGCCUUCCGGUGCUUCCUCGCGGCUCUCGACGACUUCGGCUGGGUCCGACAACGACUGCUGCACGAGGAGCUCGACGUCCGGAGCGGGACUGAGACCGCGAGCGGACGCCGCGCCUCUCCGACGAGUCACCGGGGAACCCCAUCGGCUACCGCCGUGCGCGGUCUCCCCGCCGGCGUGCGGCACCGAGUCCCUUCCGACCGUCAGCUUUCGCGUCUGGCGUCGGCCCUGGGCGCCGAGUGGGAGUCGGUGGCGACGGACCUGGGCGUGUCGUCCGCCGCCCUGUUCCGUUGCCGUGCCGACCACCCGCUCUGCUGCCGCGACGCCGCGUUGGCCGCGCUGUUGCUAUGGAGACGCUCGCAAGGGAAGAACGCCACGGCGCGGAGACUCCAGCGAAGCCUGCGGGCCGCCGGCGUGCACUCGUCCGUCCUGCAGGACGUCAUGAUGUCGUGAACGAGGCCGAAACCUCAAUUGGACUUUGAAUAGUUUUAUUUACAGUUUUAAGAUACACUUUAGGAUGAUUGUUUUAUUCUUCAAUUACAUUUUUAAGACUGAGACAAAAAAAGCUCAGUGGUUUCGACAGUAAUGCCACGCGAGGCGUGAAUUUUCCGAACAUGUCGAAGUUGGAAGGGAGUGACUCGGAUGUAAAAUGGUGAAGGAGAAGCUCGUCAAAAAAGCGGGAGGAAUAAGAAUAAUAAUACGAGAGUGUGCGAUUUCUGGAGAAAUGUGGAAUGUUAUUAAAUAAUAUGUCAUGAUGUCAAAUGAUG